UGUAAACUAUAAAUCAUAAUUUAGAGUUUGACAUGAACUGUUUAGAAACGAACGAUACGUUCCUUUGUAGUUCCCCAAAACUCAAAGGGAAAGUGGUGACAAUGAAAUUAAAUUGAACUAUUUAAACGCAAUUCGAAUUAUAACUAAAUAAAAUCGUAUUGUUUACAUAACAAUUGAACUACAGUGUCCGCUGGAUUGUUUUCGUUAGAUCUUAAAUUGCAUUUUAAUAAAGAUACAAUGUCCGGAGAACAGUUUUCACUAGUUUGGAAUAGUUUUCCAAGGAACUUAUCAUCUGGAUUAUAUACAUUAUUGACCGAUGAACAGUUAGUCGACGUAACGUUAGCUGCAGAAGGUCAAAUAUUACGUGCACAUAAAUUAAUAUUGUCAGUUUGUAGUACAUACUUUAGAGAACUCUUCAAGGGAAAUUCUUGUAAACAUCCGAUUGUGAUUUUAAAAGAUGUCAACUAUCGUGAUUUGUCGGCAAUGCUUCAUUUUAUGUAUCAAGGAGAAGUUAAUAUUAAACAGGAAGAUAUAGCAAGUUUUCUAAAAGUAGCAGAAACUUUGCAAAUAAAGGGUUUGACUACAGAAACCGAAGAGAAGCUUGAGGAAUCAUUGACAAAAAAUGUACAAUUGGAUCAGCUAUUUAGUUCAAAAAAGAGUAAUAUUAAUUCUGUCGUAUCGGAUUUAAAUGUUUCUGCUUUUGAAAAUCCAGAGCAAUUAAUAGAAAAGGGUCAACAAUCUGAGAAACAAGACGUUUCGUCGAAGGAAGAGCUGCACGAUAAGGAAUUAAUAGAAAACAACACAAUCGUCGACAAUGUGUGCUGUAAUCAAGAUUCUACCUCUGAUUUGGUUCACAACAUACAAGAUACGCAAGCGGUACAGGACAAUAGUUGUAGAAGUAUAGAAACGCAAAGUAACGAAGAGGAACCAUUAGACUGUACAGCUGACAUUGGUCAUUCGGAAACACCUAAACAAGAACCACUGGAUUACACGCUCGAUGUUGAUUUAGAAACAGGAUAUAAAACAUAUUUGCCUAACGAAUCAGUUUAUAAACCCGAAGAAAACCUGCAAAGAAAAGAUUUUAUACGAGAUAUGCAAUUAAUUCCCUACAAUCAGAAUAUACAAACUCAAUCAUUUGGUUUGAGCAAUUUGACUGGUCUUCAGAGUGAAUUUACAUACGAGACUGGUUGUCAUGGUAAAGGUCGACGUACUAUUAAAGGUAUCUCUAAUAAUACUCUACCGUUGGAAACAACUUUGCGAGUUGUGUCAGAGUUGGGACCGACAUUGCGAAUGGAGAGGGGCAAAGUUAUUCGAAUGUAUUCGUGUCCAUGGUGUCUUCGUCAUUUCACGCGUAAGGAGAAUCUCAAACUUCAUGUUCGUUAUAUUCACGGCCCGCUUGAAAGUCUGACGUGUAAGCUUUGUGGUAAUAAAUAUAAAAAUAGUAACAGUUUACGUGUACAUUCGUAUCUCUAUCAUAACGCUAAACGGGAUAAACACAGCAAGCCGCUUGUAGAUGGCGACGUAUGAAAUUAAGAAAACGAAAGGAAAGAAAAUUUACACCAACGUUCACGACACAUAUGUUUUUGUUGCUUUAUAUCGGAAAUGUAGUGAUACGUACAGCGUAUGUAUAGUAUAUGCUAUACGUAUUGGCACAAUUUUAUUUAUAGACAACGAAGGUUCUAACUCUCGCGCGUUAUUAGCAAACGGAAUUCAUGAAAUUAUUUAACGGUCGUGAUCUACCUAAUCCCUCCGCCUGAUUCGAUUGUUAGGUAAUUUGAGAGCUCUAUAAUUUAGAGGAACGCAUUAUUCUCUUAAUUAACUAGGGAGUUUACUUUGCAAGCGUUAGGAACUACGAACAAUAACAUAUUUUAUAUAAAACAGGUUACUUUUUAAAAGAAAUCGAUUGUACAUAUACAUAUGUAUAUUGAUAUACCAUUUUGUAAAUAUACAAUUUUUAAUAAAAUAAACUGA